AUGAUGGGCGGCCGGAGGGGGCCUCCUCUUGUUGCACCACCGCGGGUACUGUUCGCAUACACUCAGACAGCGACAGACACACCGAUGUCAAGGCGGCAGCCACCGCAGGCAGCAGCCAUGGGCGCCGGUGAUAAGGGCCGCCGCCAUGCUACUUCACCCACCAAAGCCGGUGCCUCUCGGUUUAACGUGGUCUUUCGCCGGAGCAGCGGAUCUCGCCAGCAACGGGCGAAGCGGGAGGGUGCCCUUUCCGUCGCCCACGACGUCUCCUACUUGUACGACAAGGACAACAGGGCGUGCGUGCUGCAGUGUAAAGCGGUGGGGCAGGCGCCGAACAAGAUCUUCACGUGCAUGCAGCGCGCACACCGUGGGGCGGACUGGGUGGUGGGCACAGAGCUGCACCUGUGCGGGUUCGACAUACUGGUGGAGGAGGUUAUGGAGCUUCACUGUAUUCCGUACGAGGAGGCUGUGAACGCUGUGGGCAACAGCUCAAAGGCUGGCGCUGGCGCUGGCGGUGACCGCAUCACCUUCUGUGGUAACAGUGCUCGUACCGCCUCCGCGGCAUCGUCUGCGCAGACCCUCCCCACCGCUGCUUCUGUGGGCCCUGGGCGAGGGCGCACAAUUCACGCACGGCCGCGCUUUGUUCUUCUGCCGCGCCCGAGUCCUCUGCACGGCGUCACGGCUACGCCGCCACGGGCUACGCACGACAACGCCCCUUCAUCACCGACACCGUUGGAGGAUGAGGAGGUGCCGUCGAUUUAUGCUCCGCAGAAGUGGCCUACACUGAAAACGGAUUCGGUGUCUGUGGGUACUGCUCUCACUGCACACCACCCGACGGACCCGCCACCGACAGCACCUCGAGACGAGCGUGGCGUCGACGACAGUGUGUACCCAGAUUCUUGCCCUCCUCACGAACGUCGGCAGCGCCGGCGGCGUCGCUCAGUCGCGUCCCUGGCACGGGAGCUGGAGCGGUGCUAUCCUGAGUAUUUUUGA